AUGACGGAAGAAGAACGUCAAUAUUUGAAGCAAAGAUGUGGGGGUUCCUGGAAAUUGGUCCUGAGGUUUUUGCUGGCUGGAGAAGCAUGUUCCAGGAGGGAGAAGUCACAAGCAAUAGCAGGUCCAGGUCACAGUAUUGCCGUGACUUCGAAGGGAGUUGUUUAUUCAUUUGGAUCUAACAGCUCGGGACAGCUGGGACAUGGCACUACAGAAGAAGAGUGGCGACCUCACCAAAUCAGAUCUCUGCAAGGCAUUCGUAUUAUUCAAGCAGCUGCUGGGGCUGGUCGAACAAUGCUGAUUAGCGAUGGUGGGCAGGUAUACGCCUUUGGAAAGGACUCAUUUGGGGAAGUCGAGUAUGGGGUUCAGGGAAGUAAACUGGUAACUACCCCACAGCUGGUCGAGUCAUUGAAGAACAUAGAUGUGGUGCAAGCUGCAAUUGGGAAUUUCUUUACAGCCGUAUUAUCAAGAGAAGGAAGGGUUUAUACAUUUUCUUGGGGGAAUGAGAGCAAACUUGGUCACCAUACAGAGCCAAAUGAUUUGGAGCCCUAUCCUUUGUUGGGAGCACUAGAGGAUAUACCCGUGGUACAAAUUGCAGCUGGAUACUGCUACCUUCUUGCUUUGGCUUGUCAACCUAGUGGCAUGUCAGUAUACUCAGUUGGGUGUGGCUUGGGUGGGAAGCUUGGACACGGUACAAAAACCGAUGAGAAGUACCCAAGGUUAAUUGAACAGUUUCAAACUUUGAAUCUUCAGCCUGUAGUGGUUGCAGCUGGUGCUUGGCAUGCUGCAGUGGUUGGAAAGGAUGGAAGGGUUUGCACAUGGGGUUGGGGGCGUUAUGGGUGCUUGGGUCAUGGGAAUGAAGAUUGUGAAUCAGUUCCUAAGGUGGUUGAAGCAUUGAGCAAUGUAAAAGCUGUUCAUGUUGCUACAGGGGAUUAUACGACGUUUGUGGUUUCUGACGAUGGGGAUGUUUAUUCAUUUGGGUGCGGAGAAUCAUCUAGUCUUGGACAUAAUACUGCAGCUGCUGAUGAACAGGGGAAUAGGCACACAAACGUUCUCAGCCCCGAGAUUGUAACAUCACUGAAACAGGUGAAUGAGAGGGUGGUACAAGUAAGCCUCACAAAUUCCAUAUACUGGAAUGCCCACACUUUCGCACUCACUGCAUCUGGUAAGCUGUAUGCAUUUGGAGCGGGAGACAAAGGACAACUGGGCGUUGAGCUUGCUGCCAAUCAGACUGAAAGGGCAAACCCCGAGCGCGUGGACAUUGAUCUCAGUUAG